AUGGCAUCUACCAUUCCAUACAGCUUCUACGAUCUUGUACAGCUGGCAUCACAUCUGAUUGGAGUGACACGAUCAGCCAUUUUCAGGUACAACAUGGUUUCCUGGUACUGUUUACACAAUGAGCCUAUAGCAUUUCAACAUAGAGAGAGCCUACCCGUCGGAUUCCUUGAUUACACUGCUGCCGAAGUCCGGUUCAGUCUGGUUCUCUGGACAAUUUUCCGAAACGCCAAACCGAACCGCAGGUUCAGUGUUUGGUUGAACCCUGGACUGAACAUCGCUGAACGUGUUCGGGAGUUUUUUGGCGGGUACCACAAACAGGAAUUAAUAGAAACACGAACGAACACCCACAAAUGUCAACAUCAACAUAUGCGAACGAGUGUGAACAUUGACAUCAAAUACCUGACCAACAUUGCCAAGAAUAAGUGGCAGCCAGCACGGGCAAGCAUAAACAUAGUUGCAGACACGAGUGAAAAGAAGCGCAGAUGGGCGCAGACAAGUGGGGGCGUGAGGCAAGUUGCAAACGAUAACGACAUUUAUGGGACCCUCCAAAAAUGCUGGACGUCCACCACCUCAGGCAGCGCAGCGUCAUCACAUGCGAAGGGAUCUUCACAGUUGACGGUGCUGCGUUUCAAGAAGGGUUGCUCUUCAAAGUCCACUCUCUCCGCUUGUGCUGUCAAGGUCAAGUCAAUUGCUUCAAACUCUACGGUGUUUGUUGCGUACUUGAUAUGGCACCCAAAGCACGAGGCUCGAUACAAAAAUAGUACUGCUCGGCGAUUUGAACAAAUGGAUUUUCAUUCAACAGCUCCAUCCACAUCUCGAUGUCUUUUCUUAAAGAUGGACAACGGGACCGGGUGACUCCAACCAACGUUUGUCUUAUUCACAGCUCCUCGACGCCAGACCACUCACACUUGUCCCUGAAACUCAAGCACGAUAAUCACCAGCGAAUACAGAUAUUCAGCAUACCACUUCAGGGAUCUAGCAGCAACCAGUGUUGAAACUUGUCCAUGUUCCUCUCGGACAGGCUACCUACAUGUGUUUUUUCUUCUACAAUUCUGUUGCGUGGACGCUAUGCAAAACGUGAUGGACAUAAUGAACCCCACCGUCAUCUUCCCUCGGGACGAACAGUUCUUUCAACCUCAUUUCCUUCUGAUGUUGUCCUGGCAUCGACGUUUGAGCGGGAGUCGGAAGAGAAUGAUUUCAAUCAAUAUAUUAUUUGCCACUACAUGCCAUACACAACGGAUAUUUUAGGCGUCUCUGCAGAUUUAUGAUGAUGUUAUACCGGAAGGUGUGAUGAACAUUCAGG